AUGCCUUCCGACAUGGUCGACACGCCCCAAGGGGGCUUUUCGCUCAUCUAUCAGAAUCCCUAUCUCCUAGGAGUCGCGUCGUUCUCAACCCUCGGGGGGUUGCUCUUCGGCUAUGACCAAGGUGUCAUCUCUGGAGUCAUCACGAUGGAAUCCUUCGGGGCGCGAUUCCCUCGUGUCUACACAGACAGUGGCUUCAAGGGAUGGUUUGUGUCGACACUUCUGCUCGCUGCUUGGUUGGGCUCCCUCAUCAACGGGCCCAUUGCCGAUAGACUGGGUCGCAAACAUUCAAUCAACAUAGCUGUUGUCGUUUUUGUCGUUGGCUCAGCCAUCCAGUGUGGUGCAGUGACUAUUCCGAUGCUCUUUGCUGGUAGGGCUAUCGCAGGACUGGCGGUUGGUCAGUUAACGAUGGUAGUGCCACUCUACAUUUCAGAGGUUUCUGUGGCCGAGAUCCGGGGUAGUCUUGUUGUUAUCCAGCAGCUUCCUAUCACCAUCGGCAUUCUGGUUAGCUACUGGAUCAACUAUGGCACCAAUUACAUCGGCGGAUCGCGCUGUGCCCCGAAUGUCCCCUACACCGGUACAUCCAAGUCUUCGCCUGUCUUUGAUCCCUACCAUGAUGUACCGUCUGGUGGCUGCGAAGGCCAGUCCGAAGUCUCGUGGAGACUGCCAUUGGCACUUCAACUCGUACCAGCCAUGAUCCUGGGACUAGGCAUGCUCUUCUUCCCCGACACACCCCGAUGGUUGAUGAUGAAGGAACGCGACGAGGCGGCCUUGCACGCACUAUCAAAGUUGAGACGGAGCGCAAGGGACUCCCCGGUCCUUGUCAACGAGUAUCUUGAGAUCAAGGCUUCGAUCAUGCUGGAGAACACGUUUGUACGGGAGCAUUUCCCUAACAUGUCUGGGGUGCGAUUGCAUGCUGCCGAGUAUCUAUCUUUCUUGACGACGUGGGUGCGCUUCAAACGCCUGGCGAUCGGCUGCACGGUCAUGUUCUUCCAGCAAUUCAUGGGAUGCAACGCGAUGAUUUACUACGCGCCCACAAUCUUCGCCCAACUCGGCCUCGACGGGAACACAACCUCCCUCCUCGCCACCGGCGUUUACGGCAUCGUCAACUGCCUCAGCACGCUCCCCGCCCUCUUCCUGAUCGACAAGGUCGGUCGCCGUGCGCUCUUGAUGUCGGGGGCCGUGGGCACCUGCAUCUCCCUGGCGAUCGUGGGCGGGAUCAUCGGUGGCUACGGAUCGGAUCUCGUAAACCACAAAUCAGCCGGGUGGGCCGGCAUCGCGUUCAUCUACAUCUACGAUAUCAACUUCUCGUAUUCUUUUGCACCUAUCGGCUGGGUCCUGCCGUCGGAGAUCUUCAAUCUCUCUAUUCGCUCCAAGGCCAUCUCGAUUACGACCUCUGCGACCUGGAUGUGCAAUUUUGUCAUCGGCCUGGUGACCCCGGAUAUGCUCGAGUCCAUCACCUACGGCACGUAUAUCUUCUUCGCGGCAUUCUGUCUCUUGGCUCUGGCAUUCACGUUCUUUUGCAUCCCAGAAACGCGUGGAAAGACCCUCGAGGACAUGGAUCUCAUAUUUGGCGACACGGUUGCCCACGAUGAGAAGGAGCGCAUCGUGCAGAUCGAAGCCGAAUUACGGGGGACGCGAUCUGUGGAUCAGGAUCUCGAUAAACGGCCGUUUGCGCAGCACGCUGAACACGCCGUCUAG